UGCGUUGCUAUAAAUUCUCUAAGAAAACUUUCUUCAGUUUUUCUUGACUAGCUACUCUUUUGAAUCAAAAUGUCGAGUGGUAGUUUUGCAAAGAGAAAGGUGUUCACAGUGUUGAGCAUCGAUGGAGGUGGCAUUAGGGGCAUUAUUCCAGGCACCCAUUUGGCCUUUCUCGAAUCCAAGCUUCAGGAACUAGAUGGACCAGAUGUAAGAAUAGCGGAUUACUUCGACAUAAUCACCGGAACGAGCACCGGUGGAUUAGUCACCGCCAUGCUUACAGCUCCAGACAAGGACAACCGGCCUUUGUACGCUGCCAAGGACAUCACUGACUUUUACUUGGAACAUGCGCCUAAGAUCUUCCCACAACAAAACCGUAAUAAUUUCAUCGGAAACUUGAUUAGCACCUUCACGGGGCCGAAGUACGACGGGAAGUACCUGAAGUCGCUGCUAAACGACCUGCUAAGCAACCUUACUCUGAAGCAGACCUUAACUGACGUGCUCAUACCAACUUUUGACAUCAAGCUACUUCAACCUAUCAUUUUUAGCACCAACGACGCAAAAGAAAAUGCUCUAAGCAAUGCUCGAAUUUCUGAUAUUUGUAUCGGUACAUCAGCAGCUCCCACUUUUCUUCCUGCACACUCCUUUACAACUAGUGAUAAGGGAAACAGUCGCAAUUUUGAGCUCAUCGAUGGAGGGGUUGCCGCCAACAAUCCAACAAUGUUGGCAAUAAGCCACAUUUCCAAAGAGAUAGCAAGGAAGAACUCGGAGUUCAAGGACAUGAAGUCUAUGGACAGCAAUAGGAUGUUAGUCCUGUCAUUGGGCACAGGUGCAGCCAAGCAAGAAAUGAAAUACAGUGCAUCUAAGGCCUCCAAAUGGGGUUUGAUCAAUUGGAUUUUCGACAACGGGAGCACGCCAUUGAUCGAUAUUUUCUUCGACUCCAAUUCUGAUAUUGUUGAUUUUCAUCUCUCCGCUAUCUUUCAAGCCCAAAAUUCAAAGGAAAACUACCUCCGCAUUCAAUACGACACGUUGACCGGAAACGAGUCCUCAGUUGACGUGUCAACUGAGGAGAAUCUGAAGAGGCUUGUGGAGAUCGGGAAAGAGAUGUUGGAGAAGCCAGUCUCAAGGGUGAAUUUGGAAACCGGCAAGUAUGAGACAGCUGAAGGAGAAGGUACCAAUGCAGAAGCUCUUACAGAAUUCGCUAAACUUCUCUCUGAGGAAAGGAAACACAGGCGUUCAAACAAAUAAAAGCCUUCAUUGAUUGCUUUGUGAUCUAUUUUAUAUGUUUUAUUCCACAACUAGAAGUCUAGAACAGAUAGACUAACAAUAAGUGGGCCUAAUUUUUUAGGUUGUUGUAAUUUCCUAAAUAAUUCUGGGUGGUUGACUUUAGUAAUUAGAAAGUGUCCCCCGUAUCAUCAAUCUGUAUGAAAAAAAUUGUGU